UCCCGUCGUGCGGGAGGGGGGCGCGGUGCGGGCGGGGGCUGGGGGCGCACUCGGGGCGCAGCACGGCGCGGACCGGGCAGCUGUCCUCUGACUCCACCCGGACUCCUCCUCUGCGGCCAUGAGAGCUGCCUACCUCUUCCUGCUGCUCCUGCCUGGCCUGCUGGCUCAGGACCAGUAUGACUUGGAGCCACUGCCCCCGUUCCCAGACUCUGUGCAGUACAACCACUACAGCGACCAGAUAGAUGCCCCAGACUACUAUGAUUACCAAGAGGUGAGCUCUCGGUCCCCGGAGGAGCAGUUCCAGUCCCAGCAGCAGGUCCAGCAGGAAAUCAUCCCAGCCCCCACGCCAGAGCCAGGAAACGCAGGGACGGAGCCCACAGAGCCUGGGCCUCUAGACUGCCGAGAGGAGCAGUACCCGUGUACCCGCCUCUACUCCAUCCACAAGCCUUGCAAACAGUGUCUCAAUGAGGUCUGCUUCUACAGCCUCCGCCGCAUGUACGUCGUGAACAAGGAGAUCUGUGUCCGCACCGUCUGUGCCCACGAGGAGCUCCUCCGAGCUGACCUGUGUCGGGACAAGUUCUCCAGGUGUGGUGUGCUGGCCAGCAGUGGCCUGUGCCAAUCUAUGGCAGCCUCUUGUGCCAGGAGCUGUGGGGGCUGCUAGGGUGCAGCUGGCAUCCUGAGCCCUGGGCCCUGCCUGACUGGUGCUUCCUCCCCGCCCCACCCCACUCUGGACUGCAGCCCUGGGAGGCACAGGCUCUGGUGCCCUGAGCCCCUCUCCCAGCCUGUGGCCACCCUUGGGGUGCAACAGGGGUCCUGCUGCUCAGGCUCUGCCCCCUAAGCAGGGGGCACCUAAGGCCUCUCUGUGGGACACAGGUCCCUGCCGUGCCUUUCAUCCCCCCAGGACAGUCCCCUGAGGCAGGCUAUGCUCCUCACCCCAGCUGGUCUGCCUGGAUUUCCUAUAGCUCCCCGGGCACAGAUCACCUUUGUUUUAUAUAAAAUUAAAGACCAGUUUUUACAAAA